UCUGUGUGUGUGUGUGUGUGUGUCCCUGCCGCCUCCUGCUGGAGGGGAUGGGCCCUGCGCCGUGUGUGUGUGUUCGUGUCCCUGCCGCCCCUUGCUGGGGGGGGACGAGCCCUGCGCCGUGUGUGUGUGUGUAUUCGUGUCCCUGCCGCCCCUUGCUGGGGGGGACGAGCCCUGCUGUGUGUGUGUCUGUGUCCCGGCUGCUGGAGGGGACGGGCCCUGCGCCGUGUGUGUGUGUGUGUGUGUGUGUUCGUGUCCCUGCCGCCCCUUGCUGGGGGGGACGAGCCCUGCUGUGUGUGUGUGUCCGUGUCCUGGCUGCUGGAGGGGACGGGCCCUGCGUCGUGAGUGUGUGUGUGUGUGUGUGUGUGUGUGUUUGUGUAUUCGUGUCCCUGCCGCCCCUUGCUGGGGGGGACGAGCCCGGCUGUGUGUGUGUCCGUGUCCUGGCUGCUGGAGGGGACGGGCCCCGCGCCGUGUGUGUGUGUGUGUGUUCAUGUCCCUGCCGCCCCUUGCUGGGAGGGACGAGCCCUGCUGUGUGUGUGUCCGUGUCCCGGCUGCUGGAGGGGACGGGCCCUACGCCGUGUGUGUGUGUGUGUGUGUGUGUUCGUGUCCCUGCCGCCCCUUGCUGGGGGGGACGAGCCCUGCUGUGUGUGUGUCCGUGUCCUGGCUGCUGGAGGGGACGGGCCCCGCGCCGUGUGUGUGUGUGUGUGUGUUCGUGUCCCUGCCGCCCCUUGCUGGGGGGGGACGAGCCCUGCUGUGUGUGUGUCCGUGUCCCGGCUGCUGGAGGGGACGGGCCCUGCGCCGUGUGUGUGUGUGUGUGUGUGUUCAUGUCCCUGCCGCCCCUUGCUGGGAGGGACGAGCCCUGCUGUGUGUGUGUCCGUGUCCUGGCUGCUGGAGGGGACGGGCCCCGCGCCGUGUGUGUGUGUGUGUGUGUAUUUGUGUCCCUGCCGCCCCUUGCUGGGGGGGACGAGCCCUGCUGUGUGUGUGUCCGCGUCCCGGCUGCUGGAGGGGACGGGCCCUGCGCCGUGUGCACGUGGCAGAGGCGACGCCAGUAGGAAGGGCCCCCGAAAGGAAGCAGAGAGACGGGGAGACGGAGCUUCGGGGGCCCGGACUUGCUGUGAUUUACAAUCCAGUCUCAUGCUUCAGGGCCUCAGGCGGGCGCCUGUCGGGUCAGGAAGGAUUUUUUCCCCUGACCAGUGAUAUUGGGAGGUUUCUCUGCCUUCCUCGGAAGAGUUGGGGACCAGCCGCAGCUGGAGACGGGACCCCGGACAGGGUGGGCCACAGAACCCUCUUUCUCGGUGCCCGGCUGGCAGGCUCGUGCCCACAAGCUCAGGAUCCAAGCGAUCACCAGGUUGGGGAGCAGGAAGGAUUUCUCCCCCGCCCCGGGUCAGAUCGGAAGGGACCCAAGGGGGCAGGUGAUGUGGGGCGGAUCUCCCCGCUCAAUUCCCUGCUGCGACAGGGGCCUCGGCUCGGCACGGGGCGCACACCAGCUGGGUCCUGCCGAGGAGCGAAAUGCUUCGCGCUCUGCACAGGGGGAACGGAACAGCCCACGGCUAGGAGACCCGGCUACAGCGAAUGGGCCCUUCUGGCCUUAAACCCUACGAAAUCUAGGAAAUGUGGUGAGGAGUCUGUGUAUAAACACCCCCCGCGCCCCACCCCAGAGGUGGCCGCAUCUCAGUGCCGGGUGAGGAAUCCAUGAAUACAAAGCCCCCAUGCCCCACCCCAGAGGUGGCCGCAUCUCAGCGCCGGGUGAGGAAUCCAUGUAUAAACACCCCCCGUGCCCCACCCCAGAGGUGGCUGCAUCUCAGCGCCGGUGAGGAAUCCAUGAAUACACAGCCCCCAUGCCCCACCCCAGAGGUGGCUGCAUCUCAGCGCCGGGCAAGGAAUCCGGGUAUACACACUCCCCGCGCCUCACCCCAGAGGUGGCUGCAUGUCAGCGCCGGCGAGGAAUCCAUGAAUACACAGCCCCCGCACCCUACCCCAGAGGUGGCCGCUAGCGCCGAGCAAGGAAUCCAUGAAUACACAGCCCCCGCGCCCCACCUCAGAGGUGGCCGCAUCUCAGCACUGGGCAAAGAAUCCGUGUAUACACAGCCCCUGCGCCCCACCCCAGAGGUGGCUGCAUCUGAGCGCCGGGCAAGGAAUCCAUGAAUACACAGCCCCUGUGUCCCACCCCAGAGCUGGCUGCAUCUCAGCGCUGGGCGAGGGGUCCCCAUAUACACAGCCCCUGCGCCCCACCCCAGAGGUGGCUGUAUCUCAGCACCGGGCGAGGGGUUCCCGUAUACACAGCCCCAGCACUGCACCCAAGAGGUGGCUGCAUCUCAGCACUAGGCGAGGCAUCUGCGCCCAAACAGCCGUCCCAACCCCGCUGUUUGUGUCUCCCACCCCCGGGGGGCGCUCCCACAGGCUCUCUCUGCACCACGCGGGGCGGACACGGGCGC